AUGGUUGCCUUUGCCGGCGGUGCGAGAACAGAAGAUGCCCAUCUUAUCGACGAUGAGGGUCAGUUGCUGCCCGUGAACGGGAUCGAAGAAUACCUGUUCACCGCCCUUGGCGCGUCUCGCGGCGGCGAUGCGCUGCACCGUGUGGGCAUUACCUAUCACGUUGUGGGUGUUCUUGGUGGGCAGAGCAGUGGGAAAUCGACACUGCUGAAUUGCCUCUUUGGCACCAAAUUUCAAACGAUGGAUGAGACAAAGAGGAGAGGCCAAACAACGAAGGGCGCCUUCAUCUCACGUGCUAAUUUUGAAGUCUUGCGUGGCGACGACGGCGAAAUGGACGCAGGUGCAUCGGCGCUGAUGGAAUCAUGUGCUGGGAAGUCUUUGCCUCUGUUCGUGGUGGACUUUGAGGGUACCGAUGGCUUUGAGCGUGGAGAGGAUCAAAGCUUUGAGCGGCAGCUCUCUCUCUUUGCACUCAGUGUUGCCGAUGUUCUUCUUAUCAACAUGUGGGCUGUUGAUGUGGGUCGUUUUAAUGCAGCCAACAUGAGUCUUUUGCGUACCAUUUUUGAGGUGAACCUGCAGCUGUUUUCACACGACAGCUACACAAAGGAAGAGAAACCGACGCUUCUCGUAGUGCUGCGUGACUUCACAGAGGUCGAGACCAGGACCCACUUCGAAACGGUCCGCAAAUCUUUUGAUAAAAUAUGGGACAACAUAGUGAAACCAGAGGCGUUUAAAAACUCUACCAUUGAUACCCUCUUUGAUCUACGCUACCACGUGCUCCCACACUUCAAACUGCAGCGUGCUGCAUUCGACAAGGAAACGGCGAAGUUUCGUCAAUGGUUUUACUUGUCGACGUGCGACGAAUAUUUGUUUCACACUCGGGGCAUGUUUCGUGGCGUACCCCUUGAUGGAAUUCCGUCCUACCUCUCAAGCUGCUGGGAGAUGAUCCGCAAGAGCAAAGACCUUGACAUUCCAACGCAACGUGAGAUGCUGGCAAGGCACCGUUGCUUGGAGGUGAAAAAACAAAUUCUCCAAUUAUUUACAGAAUUUUGCUCCAAUUAUACGGAACGUUUGCAGCGUGGUGAGCUUGUGACACAUCUCACUUCUUUGCUUGAGCAGGAUGUGGACGAUAAGCUGCGUGAUUUUCACCAACAAACGAGGCUAUACAGGAUAGACAUUGUGCGGAAGACCGAGGCUGAACUUGAAGAGGAGCUCUUGAAGGUGGAGCUGAAGCUAGUUGGCGAAUACGCAAAGUUUAUCUCAUCGAAAGUUCUUGAGGAGCUGGAAACGGCGGUCAGUGGUACCGUUGACGGAGCGUUGCGGUGGUUGUUGCAUCAGGCCCAGUCUAUACCAUUCCUCAGCGCUGAGGCUGGGGAUGCUGGGGGAGGAACGGAACACAUGUCCCACUUGAAGAGUGUUGAAAGAGCGUCUUCCAAUGAUGUUUACAUAACAGACAAUGAAACGUGUAAUGUUCUUGUGCAUAGCUUUUGGAAGAGACUGUGCCGUGCUCUUCAGGCGGAAAUAGAAUUGCUUUAUUGUGACUUUAGCCAGCAGCAUCAACGUCAACGGGAAUCACAAACUUUAAAUUUAUAUGAUCGUUAUGCUUCUUUGGUCGCAGAGGAUCCGGCCUUGCAGGAGGCGAUAGCACACUUUGUGUCGGAUGCGGUAUUUCAGAAAGUCAGUCGCCGUUUUGCCUCAAUGGCUGAGAACGCGGCGGAGACAAUUCAUCAGGCCUUUGAGGGUGUCCUCAACCGUAAUCAGGACGGCACAGUUCGUUUCUUUCAUACAACAAAGGCACUGCAGCGCAUUGAACCUCAGGCGCGCCAAGCUGGGCUAGUUCUCUUGGGCUGCCUGUUGUACUAUCGCGUAAAGGUCGUUGCGGAUCGGGUGGUUUACAAGCUAGAGGAUACUGAUGGACUCAGCCGUGCUGCUGUUCACCUCCUUGGCGAGCGUCGCAAGCUGAUUGUGCGAGAAAACAGCGAGGAACAAAAAUUUUUUCUUCACUAUGCCACCAUUUCGGAGGCUCCGCGGUACCCGAUAGGUGCGCCUGUGGCGGAGACCGAUUCUGCAGACACAUCAGACAACGUUGUAGAUAGGGACUGUGUGUUACUCAGUCAGCAGGCAGUGCAGCGGGCAUUUGACCUUUAUACACAAAAAUGUGAAUUUACCAUGCAACUACAACUUCGCUCCAUUGAAGGCGAGAAACAGAAUUUGCCUGCCUGGGUGCUGCCGGUGUUGUUGCUGUUGGGAUGGAAUGAAAUAUGGUAUGUCCUUUCGUCUCCAGUUCUUCUUGUAGUUGUUGUUAUUAUUGCUGCGGUGUUUUUAAGGGGCUUUUUGUUGACUCAAUGGGCAAUAUUUGAGGAGACAGGGCCCACCUGUGUCGUGGUGGGUGUUCGCGUCGUCGUGCAGCAAAUUCGGAAUAUAUACAAGGCCCUUGUUCCAAUGAUGCCGGACGAUGUUAAGAGUAACGUGGCACGGCACCGUGACCCAGGGAGUUUUUCUGAUGUGACUGCGUCUGCUGUGGGAACAUCAUGGCCUUAUGCUGCUGCCGAACCGACUGUGCUACCGCCCUCUACAACGUCCGCCACUCUCACGCGGCGAUUAAAGAAGGAGGAGGAGGUACCGACCCAGAAAGAGUGA